UUGUUUUGUUAUUUUUUGGGUAGGGUUGUUUGACUAACUUGAAACCAAAGCAACCACUAUCCAUCAGUUCCAAUCCAUGAACCGAACCCUCCAUUUCAGACCGUUCGAUCUCACAGGUGUUCAAAUCAAACGAUCAUCAUUCUUUUGACGCAGAACCGCUUCGGUGCAACUUCAUCUCCUUCCCGAGUAAGAAUCGAAGCACACCGAACCUUCCUUUCAAACUCCUUCUCUCUUCUCCCAAAAUUCACCAAACCCUAAUCUCCGAAAUUUCUUCCCCAAAUUCACACCUCCUGAAGACCCAGAUCGUUUUCUUCUUCCUCCAAUCCACUUCCAUCUUAUUCGUAAUCCUCUUUUGUUUCCGAAUCAUGAAGAAGGAUGAGAUCAAACCCGACAUUGAGAAAAUUGGGAAAGAAAGUGAAGAUGUCGAACCCAUAGAAAUCGUUCUCUUUCAAGUGCCCGAGUGUUACGUCUACAUAAUACCUCCAAGAAUGAGUGCAGCUUCUUACAGGGCUGAUGAAUGGGAUGUUAACAAAUGGACAUGGGAAGGGAUUUUGAAAGUUGUUAGCAAGGGAGAAGAAUGUAUCAUAAAACUAGAAGAUAGGAACACAGGUGAAUUAUAUGCUCGGGCAUUUUUAAGAAAUGGGGAGCCGCAUCCUGUGGAAGCUGUUAUUGACAGCAGCAGGUAUUUUGUUCUUCGCAUAGAAGAGAACAUAGGUGGUCGCCUUCGGCAUGCUUUUAUAGGCAUAGGAUUCCGAGAAAGAACAGAAGCUUAUGACUUCCAAGCUGCCUUGCACGAUCAUAUGAAAUACCUGAACAAAAAGAAAACUGCAGAAGAGAUGGAACAACAUUACCAGCAUAGUUCCUCAGUUGAUUACAGUUUGAAAGAAGGAGAGACUCUUGUGCUUCAAAUAAAAAACAAUAGAAGUGGCGGCAAUGUGAAGUCCAAGUUUUUUGAGCUGAGUCAAAACAACUCCUCCGAGGAAAAGAGCGAGAAAAAAGAAUCUAUACCUUGUAUUAAGUUACCACCACCUCCUCCAUCACCCGGUUCCCCUGUUGUUACACCGGAGAAGUCUCCGACAGACUCACCGACAAAAUUGAGACUUGAGAAACCCGCUGAAGCCGAGACCUCUAAAAUCGUUAAAGAAGAAACAGAACAUGAAAAUCCUUCUGAAAAUCAAAGCACACAGGAAGUAGUAGAUGAUGAUUUUGGCGAUUUUCAAGCAGCUGGUUAAAUACCCAUCCAGUACGUAGUUUAAAUUUGCGAUGAUUAGGAAACAUGCAAAAUUACCUCAUAGCUGGUUACUGGUAUAUCACAGAUUGUUGAUUCAGUUUGGAGAUUCAGUUAUGUCAUAGCCUACAAUAUAUCAUUAAGAAUCAACCUAUAUGUUUGUUUAACCGCUUGGUGAUUAUCUUAGUUGCAUUACGGGCUAGUAGUAUGAGAUUUUUUCCUCCCACUUGAGUCACUUUAUUUAAGUUUACUGAUCAAGGGUUCAUAGCUUUGUUGAUAUCAUGAAUGCUGUUAUGCUCAAUGAACCAUAUUCAGCGUUUAUGAACUUGUUUUCUGUUCCCUUGUAUGUUUCAAGUUGGAUCCUCAGCAGUUUGUAACACGAUGCAGGGGCCUCUAGAACCGUUAAAUAUAGAGAGAUGGUGUUUCAAUUUCAA